AUGCGCGACCCGACAGUCUUGUCCUUGCGCAGUGAAGAUGUCCACCCGAAGCGUAUGACCCCGCUAUCGUACUUGAAAGCUUACGCGCGGAGAUUUUCUUGCGGGCAAGAGCCGCGCCUAGGUGCCAAAAUGAAUGUGCAAGAUGGCCUGCAGACUCACCGGGCCUUCAUUGCCCUCGGUAGUAAUGUUGGAGACCGAGUGGAAAUGAUUGAAAAGGCUUGUCUCGAGUUGGACCGAGCUGGUAUCAGGGUCAAACGGACGAGUUCUCUGUUCGAGACAACCCCGAUGUAUGUCCUUGAUCAAGGUACAUUCAUUAAUGGAGUUUGUGAGGUUGAAACAACCCUCGCGCCCAUGGACCUUUUGGAUGCCCUUCAGUCUAUUGAGAAUGAACUAGGUAGAAUGAAGUUGAUUGACAAGGGCCCGCGCUCUAUCGAUCUCGACAUUCUACUCUAUGAUCAAGAAACAUUCUCCCACGAACGCCUGAACGUUCCGCAUAAUCUCAUGCUAGAGCGUGAUUUCGUGCUCCGCCCUCUCUGCCAACUCAUCCCUCAUGAACGACCACCUCAAUCUGGCAAGAGCUCCAAAACAUACCUAGAUCAUCUCAAAUCUCUGCCACCCCCAGAGCCAACACCAUACUCAACAACGCCAAUUUCUCCCCAAUUUCCCGCCAUCCACGCAACAGACCCUAAACGCAACACACACGUCAUGGCUAUCAUGAACCUCACUCCAGACUCAUUUUCUGACGGUGGAAAGCACGCCCCAUCAGACAUGACCUACAUCACUGAGACUGUCCGCAACUUCAUUGCCCACGGAGCCACUAUCAUCGACAUCGGCGGCGAAAGCACACGACCAGGAUCAACGCCCGUAGGCGCAGAGGAAGAAAUCUCCCGCGUCGUCCCCGCAAUUAAACACAUCCGCACAUCUAUCCCCGAAGCCGCCAAUAUCGCCAUCAGCAUCGACACCUACCGCGCAAGCGUAGCCGAAGCCGCCUGUGCCGCUGGCGCCGAUAUUAUUAACGACGUUUCGGCGGGUACCCUUGAUCCCGAGAUGCUACCCACCGCAGCCCGUAUUGGCAAGUCCAUCAUCUUGAUGCACAUGCGUGGCACCCCGCAAACAAUGACCAAGUUAACCGACUACCCCGACGGAGUCAUCCCCAGCGUUGCGGCCGAGCUGCAUCAACGCAUCGAAGCUGCCGAGGAAGCUGGUAUUCGUCGCUGGCGCAUCAUUCUUGACCCAGGCCUGGGCUUCGCGAAGAAUCAGCCGGAGGAUUUGGAGAUUCUACGUGAGUUGUCUCGACUGCGGGAGGUAGAGGGACUUGACUGCUUCCCUUGGUUGAUGGGUCCCAGUCGGAAACGAUUCAUUGGUCACAUUACUGGCGUGAAGACCCCCCCGUGA